GACGACGCGAGCAGCACAAAGCAGCUCUGAAUUUAGGAGUUCUGUCCAAACCAAAUCACCUGACGUGCUUAAGCUCUUUCCGUUAUCAUUUCCUCUAUUCCUCUCUGGGAUUUUUCGAUGUCGAGAAAUAUUUUAACAAAGGGGUUGUUGCGUGGUGAGUCCUAAUUCGGUACGGAAGCUUACGGAAUUGUAGUUCAUUAAUUAGAUGCAUGCGGGGUACCUGUAACAUUCCUCAAACGUUGAAGUUUGAUCAUGGCUAAGACAGCAUUUGUCCAGAAACUUCCCCACCCCUUGACUUUGCGACCAUUGCAUUAAAUCUGAUCAACAUCGCCCGAAAGGUCUGCUCAGCCGCUCCACAUCUUGCGGCAGAAUUGGGCAUUGAAAUUCCGUAUCGUAACCCGUACAUGCCUCCUCCUCCAAUGAAGGUCGACUUAAAUGAGACAGAAGCAGCUGCUCUGAUUCAAUUGAAAAUUCUUGAAGAGAUCAACAACAACUUCGAGCCGAAGUUUCCUGUUAAUGAAAACGUGUGGGAUUUUGCGUCCGAACGCUUGGAAACGAAGACAAUUGAAAGGAAUGGUCGUGUCAUUCUUGUGAGGAAGCCACAGACCAAGUUUUUCUCGGUCCGACGAUACCCGAUUUGUUGUCAGACGAAGGAGACCAAAGAGGCGAUCAAGAAUUCGGGACCAAAGAUUCAAGAAGAACCCAUCGUCCCGGUAAUGACUAAAGAGCAGCAAAGGGAAAAUUGCGAAGCGGAAAAAGCUAAGGCUGCAGUGAAAAAGGCCAGACAUAUCCGUGGCCAGAGACCGUACUACCCAUUUGGAGAAACACCAUAUCAAGAAGCCUACCAGAGCCAUAUCAUGGAGUAUGAGUUGAGAGAUGUCGAGGAGUUUAAUCCAAGGCCCAAGGGACUCGCAGUUGACCUCAAAGCCGGCUUCAAGCAUACCCCCACAAAAGUCUGGAGAACAGAAGGACAGGAACCAGAAGCAGUUAUCGAGCUUCCCGAAGAUCCGCCCAACCCCAAUGAUUCUCACCCACUUCCUAGAAUUCCAGCAGGAUGGAAACCAGAUAACAUCUCUGCAGAGGAGAAACUUCUUCGAUUAAUUGAGCUCGCCAAGCAAACACCUGGGUUCCCUGAUCCCAACAUCAAGGAAUACUAUCACACGCAGCAAGAAAUAGAAACGAUGCGUGUUCGUGAGGAACAUCAGCGCAUACAGGAUGAAAUCGCCGCCAAUGAUGCCGAAAUUACGCGGAUAUCUGGGAAAUUGAAAGACCAAGUGACGUUCCAGCAAUGGACUCAGUGGCAGAAAAUGUUGAACAUCAAUCCUAAUACUGGCCGACCCACCACCCCUGCAAUUACUAAUGCUAUAGGUAAUACCGCAGUCAUGACUGGUGCUCUCCCUGUUGUUUCGGGACAAGGUCAAGACUUGCAGGGUGUGCGGUCCCAAGUAGGUGCUGGACCGCAAGGUGGUAGAACGCGUCCUUCACACCCGUCUACCGUUCCUCCGAGUGCAAAUGGCAAUGAGCUCACCGCAGAACAACUGCAACAGUACUUGUUAGACUUGGAUGAAAGUGACGGGGAGUUCUCAGUAGAGGAAGAACAAGACUCUGAGAUGGAAGACAUUGAACAGCUAUCAGACGCACCGUCAGAUGCCUCAGCUGAUGUUCUCGCCGCAGCAGAUAUAAUGGGUGCAGAAAAUGUCGCAAAGGAGGCCAGGAAUGCUAUUUCCAGCCAAUUAAUUCUCGAAGCUGAGAUCAACGCCGAGAUGCUUCAGGAACAGGCAGAUCUGGCUCUUCAGAAUGAGGCUGAAAAUGCACCGCGUCUGCAAGAGGUGGCUGAUAGGGCCUUCAAGCAUGUAGAGGGACUGAAGGAGGAGCAGAGGAGAGGUGUACCGAGGGAGAGGUGGUCGCAGAUACCACAGCGGGAGGAUGAACCUCUUUUGUGCGAGCAUGGCGAUGAGGAUGUCGAUAGGGAUAAGGACGAGGACAUGGCUGAUGGCGAUAACCUCUAUGGUGAUUGA